AUGGCAAACAGGCAUCUGGAAAUAGAGACCGGAUUCCCAACGCCACUGUCCUCCGCCACUGAUCCUCCUCCUCCAUCACGGUGGUGGACACAACUACAUUCAUUAUUCCUUCGUCGUAACGAACUCACUAAAGAAGAGAAAUCAGCUAUUUCAAAACCCCAUGUACAACCUUUUAUGCCACGCCAGCGUCUCCUCGAAUCCAUAACCGUUUCCCCCUCCUCUUCCGCCACGUUGCACAUCGAUUUUCUCGUGAAACCGAGCUCAUCGUGUCCUAUCCAAUACAACGGAGAUGACGUGUACGCCAAGCUAGGUUCCUUAAACGCCGCCGGUAAUCAAAGAGUUUUCGAAUUAGACUUGAAACUUAGUACGAUGAAGAAACAGCUUGCGUUAGUAUAUGAAUAUGGACAUUUCGAUAUCAGGUGUCAGAAUCUGACUAUCGGUUAUCAGAAGACUAAGUGUCAUUCGUCUUACAAAGCGUUGGAUGACCCGAUACGUAAGCUAUUGAAUUAG